AUCUCUGCUAAUCUAGAGAAUAUGACAUUAACUGUUCACUGUUGUGCUCUUCUAUGUAGACACUAAUGUUCUUAAUUAGAGAUUGGAGCUAUCCUUAUGAACACUCGUAUGGCCUGGAAGGAGGAGAAAACUUUCUAGAAAAGAGAUUGCAGGUAAAGCAAAACCAGCACGAAGAGUUACAGAAUGUAAGAAAGCAUAUUCGCUCCUGUUUCAGCAACCUUGGAUGUUUCCUCUUGCCUCACCCUGGUCUUAAAGUUGCAACUAAUCCAAAUUUUGAUGGGAGGUUGAAUGGUAGGAAGCAUUUCAUUGUGUUAAUGGCGUUGGUUAUAUAUCGCUGAAUCUGUUUUGUUGUGGCACAAAGU